AUGAGUGGAGUCCAGAUAUCCAACAAGACGAGGGAGAAGAAGUGGUGGAAGGAGGCAAUUGUGUACCAGAUUUAUCCUGCCUCCUUUCUAGACACUGACGCAGAUGGAGUCGGAAACAUUAAUGGCAUUAUUGCAAAGCUGGACUAUCUCAAAGAAUUAGGCGUGGAUAUUCUCUGGCUUUCACCAAUCUAUCAAAGCCCUCAACAGGAUAUGGGUUAUGACAUUUCAAAUUAUCGUGAUAUCCACCAUCCAUACGGUACAAUGGAUGACGUACAUCAUUUGAUCAACGAGCUCAAAGUACGCGACAUGAAGCUCGUCAUGGAUCUAGUGGUCAACCACACUUCCAAUCAGCACCCCUGGUUUAUCGACUCGGCAUCGUCAAAGAACAGUUCACAAAGAGACUGGUACAUCUGGCGAAAGCCGAAAUAUGACGCCGAAGGAAACCGCCAACCACCUAACAACUGGUGCAGUCUCUUUGAUGAGAUGGAAUCAGCCUGGACCUAUGAUCCUACCACUGAUGAGUACUAUCUUUCUCUGUUUAGUCCAUUUCAGGCCGAUCUCAAUUGGGAAACACCAUUCGUCCGAGAGGAAGUGCAUGACAUCCUUCGCUUCUGGCUCGAAAAGGGAGUUUCUGGUUUCCGGAUGGAUGUCAUAAACCUCAUCUCCAAGGAUCAGAGGUUCCCUGACGCAGAGAUCCGUCAUCCAGAGAGACGAUACCAACCAGCCGAGAAGUAUUUUGCCAAUGGGGUCCGUCUCAUGGACUACCUUCAGGAAAUGAAAGUUUCUGUCUUUAACCACUAUGACACUUUGACAGUUGGCGAAAUGCCAUUUCUAGAUGACGAACAAGAGCGCCUCGAAAUGGUCAACGCAGAAGAGGGUGUGGUCAACAUGAUCUUCACCUUUGAGAUGAUCGGUCUUGACAUUGUACCUGAAAAGGGUCGCUUCAGCAACAAGCCAUGGUGCGUGAAAGACUUGAGGGACAUCAUAGCCAAGUCUUGCAGAAUUGUGACAAAGGAUGGCUGGAACACGCUGUUCUGCGAGAAUCACGACCAGCCACGCUCCGUUACAAGGUUCUGCGACGACUCUGAUGAGCACCGCGUGACGGGCACCAAGCUGCUUUCUAUCAUGCAGACCAGUCUUCCUGGAACUCUGUAUCUGUACCAGGGCGAGGAGCUUGGUAUGCGCAACGUACCCCCAUCCUGGGGACCAGAGGAGUUCAGGGACAUUGAAUCUGUCAAAUACUGGAAAAAUGUUUGUGCACAGCACAAAGAAGGAUCUCCUGAGAUGAAGGAGGCAAAGCAUUAUCUGCGCCUCAAAGCGCGGGACAAUGCCAGGACUCCUAUGCAAUGGGACUCUACCGCCAACGGCGGCUUCUGCCCUUCGGGGGUCAAACCUUGGAUGCGCGUCAACGAUGACUACCCCAUAGUCAACGCAGAAAUGCAGACGUCUGCGGGCCGGGCCAACAAGCGGUCUAUGCUGGUAUCUCCCUACAGGUUUUGGCAGCAGGUCAUUGCGUUACGCAAGAAGCAUACCGACCUAUUUGUAUAUGGUGACUUUAUCAUCGAAGACAACACGCAGCCCAACGUCUUUGCGUUUAGAAGAGUCAGCGAGUCGUGCCAUUCUAUCACAAUCCUCAACUUCAGUAAGUAUGAGACAACCUUUACUUUUGAAGGAGAUCAGGGGGUACGGGAAUGGGCUUUGGGAAGCUAUGAUUCAUUGUCGGUCGAAAAGCCGAGAUCUGGUGUCGUAACUCUGCUUCCUUGGGAAGGUCUAAUCGGUGUGGUCGGAAAGGAUGCCUAA